UAGCGUGCAGUUGCUCAGAUCAGCUUAGUUGAACUUGAAAGUAUUAUUCGAAUUAAUUCAGCAAACGAAGCAAGAUGAGAUCAUUCGCGCUUAUAUCAAUCUCCAGUGUUGCGGUUUUGCUGAUCAAUUUUGCGUCACCAUCGCACCAGCAAGAUAUUACCAAACUUCCAGAUAUCGAAGGUUAUAAACUGCACUGCAUCGAAGCAAGCGGCAUAACCGAAUCCUCGGCCAAAAAGGUGCAAAGUGGUGAGCAGAUCGCCUCCCCUGAUCAACCGACCAAGUGUUACGUGCAGUGUUUCUUCCAACGGCUACGACUAAUGAACGAGAAAGGCGAGGUGCAGAAGGAUAAGUUGAUUAAAUUUUUAACCAAAGUGGUGGAUGAAGAACAGGCAAAAGCAGUGGUGGAAAAGUGCAACGCACGGCGAACCAAUCCAUGUGAUACGGCAUUCGACAUGUUUAUGUGCUAUCAGAAAAAUAAGGCUAAAUUAUUUUAACAGUGUGAAUUGUUAACGUUUUUUAUUGUUUUAACAUAAAAAUAAAAGUUCAUUU